UAUUGCACGUGAAAGCAACAGCAAGUCCGGUUCUUGCAUUUAUACUCGCGCAUUUGCCUCUUAACAUUUACCCAACAUACGUAUUUCCUAACCGUUGAAGCAUAUACACAACAAUAAUAAUAAAACAAAAUUGCCAUCGGUAAUAAAAAGUAUGUGCAGCGGGCGCAUCGAGCGAAUAGGGCUAUCAAAAUUAUGGAAAUCGCCGCCAUUUUAAGGGGAUGGUUUGAAUUGUCGGUUAUUUUAGUUUUCGCAUUAGAGCUCGAAGGAGUUUUGAGUCAGGAAAGGAUCAGGAUUGAUUUCGAAUUAGACAAUAAACUAGACGCCGAUUUACCACCAAAUAUAAAAGUCGAAAAAAACUCCACCAAAAAAUCUACAGGCAACAAAUUGGUUUGCCCAGGUAAGGAUGUUCAAAGGCCUUUCUUUGCCUUACCCUGCUCGACGAAGAAAGACUGCUCGAUAUUCGGAAAGAGCAUAUUAUGCUGUGAAGAAAGAUGCACACAGGGUGUCAAACCACCAAAACCUGUGACCACACAUUCACCCGCUCUAUUUGGAUUCGUCGAGCAAACCUGCCCCACGGAACCGAUAGCCGAAAUAUGGGAGAUAAAGGAGUGCGACAAGGACGAGGACUGCUCGCCGAGAAUUUGCUGCCCGGAGACUUUCGCGGGCAAAAAGUCCGGGGAGAAGAACGUCAGUUAUUGCAGGACGGCGCAACCGCUUUGGGAGAAAAUUCCCGCGCCCAAGCAAAUCGUAGAACCUAUUCGAACGUUGGUGGGCUACAUGCAGUGUACUCCGCCGCCUCCGGGUUUGUUGGACUUGUUUCCGAAACCGUGCGAGUCGCCGUUGGAUUGCUUUCCCAAUUUGUGUUGCCAGGAAGAUGGGAAAAGGUACUGCAGACCGCCUAAGAAGUCGCUGUUAACGCUUAUCGUCGGAAUAGGACAGAGAAUCAUUCCUACGGAUGCUGCGAAAGAGUUCAUUAAGAGAAUUUCUUAAGGGAAUCGGCAAUUUUGCAUGGAUUUACUGAUGGUGAUCUGUAGAGUGGAAUGAAUAUAAAUGGAAUAAGUUCAUUAAAUUAAAUUAUUUUUACGAAAAAUGUUCAAAUUUGGUCCGUUGAAGU